UCUCUCUCUCUCUUUCUCUCUCUCUCUCUCUCUCUCUCUCUCUCUCUCUCUCCCACGAUGGCAGAAGAACUUUAGAGGAGAAACAAAACACUUCCUUGAUUGUGUCUCUUUUUCAUCGUCCAUACCCGUUUUCCCCCCCAUCUCUUCUCUGUUUUUUUUCUUUCUUUCUAAAAAAAAAGAAAAACCCAGAAGAGAAAUCGAUGCCAGAAGCGGAGAAAUGGGUGUUUUUUCUUCUGGGCAUGAGUUGUAACUGAUAAAGCUCGAUUCUUUUUCUUUCUUUUGUUGCGUUGUUUUGGGAACAAUGGGUAACUGCUGGUGCACACUCGAGCCUUCUAAUCACAGGGUCUCUGCAAACGCAAAAUCAGAAUCACCAAAAGACCAGAGCUCGUCGGAUCAGAGCAGGAGAAAGGAAGUUCAUAAGCUACCGUCAAACCCGAAAGAAGUGGAAGAUCUAAGGCGAGACUCUGCUGCGAACCCUCUGAUCGCUUUCACGUACGGUGAGCUCAAAAUCAUCACAGGGAACUUCAGACAGGACAGGGUCCUUGGUGGAGGAGGUUUCGGAAGUGUCUACAAAGGUUUCAUUGCCGAAGAUUUAAGGGAAGGGCUUCAACCACUUCCUGUUGCAGUGAAAGUUCAUGACGGCGACAACAGUUACCAGGGCCACAGAGAAUGGCUGGCAGAAGUGAUAUUCUUGGGACAGCUUUCUCACCCAAACCUGGUGAAACUGGUCGGUUAUUGCUGCGAGGACAAUCACCGUGUGCUGAUCUACGAAUACAUGGCUCGUGGUAGUGUCGAGAAUAACCUCUUCUCGAGAGUGUUGCUUCCUCUUCCUUGGUCCAUUAGAAUGAAGAUUGCAUUUGGGGCGGCUAAAGGACUCGCCUUUCUUCAUGAAGCCGAGAAACCCGUCAUAUAUCGCGAUUUCAAGACGUCCAAUAUUCUCCUCGACCCGGACUACAAUGCCAAACUCUCUGAUUUCGGCCUCGCUAAAGACGGUCCUGUAGGAGACAAGUCUCAUGUCUCGACCCGUAUAAUGGGAACUUACGGCUACGCAGCUCCCGAGUACAUCAUGACAGGCCAUUUGACUCCGAGGAGCGAUGUAUACAGCUUCGGGGUCGUUCUUCUGGAGCUUCUGACGGGUAGAAAAUCGCUGGACAAAUCAAGACCAACGAGGGAACAAAACCUCAUAGACUGGGCUCUGCCACUGCUGAAGGAGAAGAAGAAAGUUAUGAACAUAGUAGACCCGAGGAUCGAAGGAGAGUAUCCGAUGAAAUCCGUCCAGAAGGCGGCAACGCUCGCUUACCAUUGCCUGAACCGGAACCCGAAAGCUCGGCCUCUGAUGCGAGACAUCGUCGACUCGUUGGAGCCACUUCAGGUCGUGGAAGAUGUUGUCCCCUCCGUACAGAAGACACUGGUUUCUGUCGGAGGCGAGACACAGGUUAAGGAUGAGUUGAAGAUGAUGCCUAAGGUUGAAGAUGACAAGGGUUCGCAUUGUAAUUGACUUCCCAUGGUUGUUUAGCCUUCUCUGUUUUUCUUUUUUUUGGGUUAAACUUUUGUGUUCAAAGAAGAGUUUUGUGAGUUUUUUUUUAAUUUGUUUAAUGUACAAUUUCGAACAAAAUUAUGAUGUGUGUAUUUUGGGAAA